GAGGGCUGCCCAGCUUCCAGGGGCUAGGGCCUUCCUGGGGGAGACACCGUGCAGCGAUGUGGCUGUACUGGAUCCUGCUUGUCCUCCUCCUACUGGCCGUGCUAGGAGGCAUCUCACCUUUCUCUGCUGACUCCAGGAGGCCACCAGCCCCCCUGGUGACGGACAAGGAUGUUCGGAAGAAGGUUCUCAAACAAGUUUUCUCCACUGCCAAGGUCCCCGAGAAUCUGGACGCUGUGGUGAUCGGAAGCGGCAUCGGGGGUCUGGCCACGGCCGUGCUCCUCUCCAAGGCUGGGAAGCGAGUGCUGGUGCUGGAGCAGCACGGGAAGGCGGGGGGCUGCUGCCACACGUUCAGCGAGAAGGGCUUUGAGUUCGACGUGGGUAUUCAUUACGUAGGGCGGCUAGAAGAGAGGUUCCUGGCACGUUUCCUCGUGGAUCAGCUCACAGAAGGCCAGCUGCAGUGGACUAAGAUGCCGCCUGUCUUUGACGCCGUCGUGCUGGGGGAGCCUGGAAAUGGCAAAACCUAUCGGCUGUACAGCGGGAAGAAGGAGUACGUCGAGGAGCUAAAGAAACAGUUUCCGGAUGAGGCCGUGGCUAUUGAGAAAUUUGUGGCACUUGUAAAGAAAGUUGCCCAAGGAACUACCCACAUGGUUAUCCUGAAAAUGCUGCCUAUGCCGCUGGCCAUGUUCCUGAGCCGCACCGGCCUGCUGGCCUGGUUCUCUCCGUUCUUUAAGAUGGCAUCCCGCAGCCUGACCGACGUGGUCAGUGAACUCACCACAAACGAAGAGCUCCGAGCGGUACUUAGCUACAUAUUUCCCACUUAUGGAGUGGUUCCAGCCAGCGCCAGCUUCGCCCUCCACGCCAUUCUGGUGCAUCACUACAUGGAGGGGGGGUGGUACCCCCGAGGAGGCCCCAGCGAAAUCGCCUUCCACACCAUCCCGGUGAUCGAGCAGGCGGGCGGGGCCGUUCUAACCAAGGCUCCGGUGCAGAGCAUUUUGGUGACGGCAGACGGCAAAGCCUGUGGUGUGAGCGUCAAGAAAGGCCAAGAGCUCGUGAAUAUCUUUGCUCCGGUUGUGAUCUCUGAUGCUGGCAUAUUCAACACGUAUGAGCGGCUGCUACCGGCAGAGAUCCGAGCGUCACUUGGGACCCAGACUCCGCUGCGCCUGGUGGAGCACGGCCUGGCGGGGUUCAGCGUCUUCGUGGGACUCAGAGGCUCCAAGGAAGAGCUGGGCCUGGAAGGCACCAACUACUACGUCUACCCGCAUCAGGACCUGGACGCAGCCAUGAAUCGCUUCUUUUCCGCCUCCAGAGAAGAGGCUGCAGAGAACAUUCCCAUGCUGUAUAUUACGUCCCCCUCGAGCAAGGACCCCAGCUGGCAGGAGAGAUACCCAGGCAAAUCGACUCUAUGCAUCUUGGCGGUUGCACGAUACGAAUGGUUUGAGGAGUGGAAAGACGAGACGGUCCAGAAGAGGGGAGCGGAGUACGAGAGCCUGAAAGACGCGUUUGUAGAGUCCAUCCUGAAGAUUGUUUUGAAACUGUACCCUGGCGCGGAGGACAAGAUCGAGUGCGUCUCCGCCGGGACGCCGCUCACCACCCAGCACUACCUCGCCUCUCCCCAAGGACAGAUGUACGGCGCCCACCACGGCAUCGCUCGCAUGCAGGCUGCGACUGCUGCCAUGUUACGCCCCCAGACCUCUGUGCCAAACCUCUUCCUGACAGGGCAAGACGUGUUCUUGUGCGGCUUCAUGGGAGCCCUGCAGGGAGCCAUUCUGUGCGCCAGCGCCGUCCUGCAGCGCAACCUCUACCGCGACGGCCUGCGCCUGUGGCAGAGCAGCCGAGAAAACCACGCCAAGAAGAAAGUCUGAGCGGCCGGGCCCCAGCCAGCACCUCCCUGCCUCUUCCUCCUCCCGGCAGGGCCCUGUCCUGGCCGGGGGCCCCAGCCGCUCACUUGUGACCCCGCUCACCGCGUAGGACUUUGUUGUGAAAUAAAACUUAACCAAAGAAAGAAAAAAA